CUGAAUGGAGCCUGAUCCCGAACGGAACUGCAGCCCGAACGGAACCAGAGCCCAAAGGCAACCGGAGCCCGAAUGGAACCAGAGCCCGAACAGAACCGGAUCCCAAACAGAAUCAGUCCCAAACUGAUUCUGAAUGGAUCCCAAUCCCGAUCAGAUCUAGACCCCGAACAGAACCAGAUCCCAAAUGGAUCCAGACCCCGAACAGAUCCAGACCCUGAACGGAACCCGUUCCCAAACAAAACCAGAUCCCAAAUGGAUCCAGACUCUGAACGGAACCAGACCCUGAAGGGAGCCAGACCCCAAACAGAUCCCGAUCCCGAACAGAUGCAGUCCCCGAAGGGAGCCGGGGCUGGCUCGGGAAGCAGGCUCGGCGCUGUCUCCCGCCCGGCCCAGAGCGGCGCUGGUCACGGCUUGUCCCCAACCCCGAUGGCUUGUCCCCAACCCUGACACCUCCUGGGCUCAGUGACAGAGACCGGGACGCCCUUUGGGGUGGGGUGGCAGGGUCCCAGAGACGGGGACGCCCUUUGGGGUGGGGUGGCAGGGUCCCAGAGACGGGGACGCCCUUUGGGGUGGGGUGGCAGGGUCCCAGAGAUGGGGACGCCCUUUGGGGUGGGGUGACACUCUUCUCUCUGCCCUGAGGGGGAGCAGCGCCGCCUUUUCUGAGCCCCGGAGGGGAAAAUCCAGCUCCGAGGGGAAAUGAGAUCCCGAGGUUUGAAGGGAGCUCUGCGGGUUUCCAGCUGCUCAUCGGCGCCUGCAGACAGAGCCGGGUCCCACGAUUCUCACCGGGAAAAACGCCAGGCACUUGGUUUUGGAAUUUUAAAAGUUUAAUAGAAAUAAAAUGGUUAUAAAAGCAGCAAUAUAAUGAGAGUAAUAAAAAUGUGGACAAUUAGGAUUUAGGACAAUGUGAGACAAUAAGAACAAAGAGUUACAGACAGUCCGGGUGCCUUUUCUGGGCAAAGCAAGCCCCAAAAAGGAGCCACGUGAGCAGAGGAUCAACCCUUCAAAGCAGCAGCCUGUGGAUAUUCACACCCCUCAUCCACGAGGCACCGAUUCCAUUGCAGCAGAGGAUUCUGGCUGGGCAGCGUCAGCUUCUCCCUCUGAAUCCCGGCGGCUCCAGGGCUGAGGAGCAGCAGGAAGUUCGUUUCUUCUGAUGAGGGGGCAAUGAACUCCUUUUCUCUGAGAGACUGAGGUGUCCUGUGGCUGCUGCCCGCUGCGAGCACCUCGCUCCUCUCUUUGAAAAAUACCCCACGUCCACGGUUUCUAUUUUAACAUUACAUUGUAACCUAAGCCUGCAUUUGAUGAAAUUAAAGCAGCGGAACUUUCUACCCUGCACGCACAACAUUCAUCCGAGGAUUCGCCAAGAGCCAACCGUAGAACGCGCAUCUUUCACGCUGCCGCCCCGCGCUGAGCCCGGCACCCGCCGCUGCCCGCGGCGAGCUCCCGCGCAGCCCCGCUGCCCUGCCGGUGCCUCCGGUGUCCCGGAGCCCGUGUCGCUGUCCCCGGCGGGGCGAGCCGGCGGCGGAGCUCUCGGUGUCCGUGAGCCGCCCCCGGUGACCGCGGCCCCCGCGCUGCCCCGCGGCUCCGCUCCCGCCGGCGCCCCCGGGCCGGAACCGGGCCGCCGCUGCUGCGGCUGCAGCCCGGUGCGCUGUGCUCCGGCACCGAGCCCCGGCAGCGCGACGGACCGGGACACGGACCGGGACCGGACCGGAGCGGGACCGGACACGGACACGGACACGGACCGGGACCGGGACACAGACCCGGACCGGCAGCCGGUUCCGGCCAGCGGGGGGGCGGGGCAACGAGAGCGCGCGGCAACCGCGGUGCGGGGCCGGUAGGUGGGCGUGUCCAUGCAGAUGAGGCUUUGCCGCGCGGCAUGCCGGGGCGCAGCCCGCGCCAAGCCCGCGCUGUCCCGGCGCGUCCGCGGGCUUGGCGCGGGCCGGGCCGUGCGGGCCGGGCCGCAGCGCGGGGCCGGGCGGGAGCGGGGCCGGGGCGGGGCUGGGCGUGUGGUGGCGAGGCGUGCGGCGGGCGGGGCGGCGGGGCGGCGGGGCGGGGCGGGCAUACUUACCUGGCAGGGGAGACACCAUGAUCAGGCAGGUGGUUUUCCCAGGGCGAGGCUCAGCCCUUGCACUCCGGCUGUGCUGACCCCUGCGAUUUCCCCAAAUGCGGGAAACUCGACUGCAUAAUUUGUGGUAGUGGGGGACUGCGUUCGCGCUCUCCCCUGGU